GUCCGGCUUAUCCCCCGUUGCGGUUUACUCUAGCAAACAUUUUGAUCUUGUUAAAUCACUCGGCGCCACUGCUAUUUAUGACUACAAAACUAAUUUACCCUCUAAGAUCCGUGCCGAGACGAGUAAUUCCUUAAAGUACGCCUUUAAUUGCAUCUCUUCACAGAGUAUAGCUAAGUACUGUGUCUCUGCCCUCAUAUUAGGAGCGAGCCCUAGAUUUGCUAAUCUCUUAGGUGAAAUCUCGCUACGUAAGGACGUGGUACCGUCAUUAAGCAUUACAUAUACCGCUAUAAGAGAAGAUAUAGUUUACAUCGGAACUCCGAUCGUAGCUUCUGCGCAAGACUUUACCUUUACUAAACGCUGGUUCGAAAUGAUUAAAGCGUUUCUACGUAAAGAAAAGUUAAAGACUCAUCCUCUUAAGGCCGGUCUAAAUAGCUUAGCUGGGGUCCUCGAAGAGAUGGACCUUUUAAGAAAGGGCUUAGUGUCUGGACACAAAUUAAUUUACCAUAUCUCUAAAACUACUUAG